AUGGUUUCUGCUAUGUUAGGUGACAAAGCUUCAAAAGAAUUGGACGUUGUAUCGUUAUCAAACAACACAGUGAAGAGGAGAAUUGAUGAUUUGUCGGGAAAUGUUAAAGAACAGCAGAUUUUCUACGUUAAAGCAAGCAGAUUUUAUGCUUUGCAAUUAGAUGAGAGCACAGAUAUUAGCAAUGAUGCAAACUUGCUUGCAUAUGUUGGUUACGAACACAACAACAGCAUAAGUGAGGAUUUUUUAUUUUGUUUACCUUUACCUUCGCACACAACAGGUGAAGCAAUAUUUGAAGUAUUGAACAACUUUAUGUCCACUCAUGAAAUUACAUGGGACAAGUGUGUGGCAGUUAACACCGACGGUGCUCGGGCUAUGACCGGGACACGAAUAGGGCUGCAGGCGCGCGUCAAGAAGAUGAAUCCAGCUAUUAUCUGGCAUCACUGCUGCAUUCAUAAGGAGGCAUUAGCAGCAAAAAAAACAUGCCAGGACAAUUAA